AGAAGAAGAAGAAAAGGCGGAAGCGCAGCACCAUCGAUUGCUCCUGUCUGGGCGAACAUCAACAGUGGUCUGCUCCUUAUCUCACUUAUCUCCUCUGUACUGAGUGUUUUAACAUGACGUCCUCCUCACACAGCCUGGCAGACAUUCAGCGCCGGAUAGAUGAAGUCAAGCGGUUCCUGUCUCUAACCCUGUGCAUUGCCAACGCGCACACGGUGGAGUUCUACACUCACGAUGUGUGGAAGAGGUUCGUGGCCGUGUCUCCUCAGGAAGUCUUGUCUACCAUUAGUUCAUGCGGUGAUCAGCAGAGGGAGCCAGAGCACAAAGAUAGAGAACAAUUCGGGACCACAUUUGGGUUUUGCAACAACACUAAUCGACUGGUUAAUCCCCUUGAACUGCAGCAGACGGCCACGGCUCACUCUCUCCUCAACCUUGGAGUCUGUUUGAGCAGAGAUGAGCUUCUGCGGGCCCUAGGAGAAUACAAAGAGGAGGAAGGUGAUGAGCUGGAGCCAGAUGAGUUCAUGAACUCUAAAAAAUCUCACGAGGUGCAGUCCAUGUCUAAGGUGGUGGCCUUUUUGGCCAAGCACUGUGGAGUCAAACAGGUGAUAGAUGUCGGCUCAGGGAAGGGCUACCUUAGCUCCUUCUUGUCUCUGCAGUAUGGCCUCUCGGUCUACGGCAUUGACUCCUCCAGCACAAACACACACGGAGCCCAGGAGAGGAACAGGAAGCUUAAGAAGUUCUCCAGAGCAUACCAGAAACACUUAAAGGCAGAAAUGGUGCCGGGAGAGGCCUCAGAUUUACCUCAUGAGGAUGUAGUAGAAAAGAAUGGAGAAGAUGGAUCAGUAUCCGUUAUAGAGGAGACAGAGGAAGAGGUGUUAGCUGGCUUUCCGGAGAAAAAUUCUGGGGUGAAAAAUCAUUCAGAGCCACACCCAGAAACAGAGGCUCUCUUCCUUGAUGCCCUCUCAGUGGAUGUGGUUCAGACUACACCUCCCAGAGUUCCCCCCAGCCACCUGAGUGCAGAGGAGAGGGAGAGGAGAAAGAGGGAGAACCUGGAAAGAAAAGACAAAAACAGAACUGACAGCGCUAAGAUGUUCUUACCCCUCACGUCGUACGUCACAGCGGAAACUGAGCUAAGGGAGCUCAUUAAUGAGCUGGAGGAUGCGGUCAUGGUCGGCCUGCACACGUGUGGUGACUUGGCUCCCAGCACCCUGAGGAUGUUUGUGGCUAAAGCCGAGCUGGCUGCAGUCUGCAGCGUGGGCUGCUGCUAUCACCUGCUGUCUGAGGAGUUUGAUCCUGCCAGACAGGAGUGUGUGCAGGGUGUGUGUGGUUUCCCUUUGAGUCAGUACCUCCGCCACCAGUCCUGGUUCUGUGGCAGAAACGCCAGGAUGUCUGCGUGUUUGGCACUGGAGAGAGUUGCAGUCGGCCAAGGAAUUCAGAUGGAGUCUUUGUUUUACCGGGCGGUCCUUCAUGUUAUUCUGAGGGAUCACUACAGCUCCUUUAAAAGCGAAAAGAGAGUUGGGAAUGUCUACUCUAAGGCCAAAUCAUUCGUGGACUACGUUCAGAGGGCUCUGCGCAGACUCGAGCUGGAUGACUCAAAGCUUUCUGACAGCGACAUCCAGGAGUACCACAACACCUACAGGCCAAGAAUAGAUGAGAUGCUUGCCUUUAAUAUGUUGAAAGUGACUCUGGCUCCCUGCAUCGAAGGUCUGAUUCUCCUCGAUCGCCUAUGCUACCUAAAAGAACAGGAGGAUUUAUCAUUCUCAGCACUGGUGCAACUGUUUGAUCCCGUGCUGUCACCAAGAUGUUAUGCUGUCGUUGGACUGAAGAGUUAUGACAGAAGUUGUUUAUGUGAAUGAACUUUUAUUUACGACCAUGAUUAUAGUCCACUCCUUGAGGGGUUACUGUUAUCGCAUCAGCCAUCAAACUCAAGGUAUUGUUGUGGUUUCCUUAAGAGCUUAAUUAAAUGCAUGGUUUAUAUAUGUCUUCUAUGUAUCACAUUUCUAAAAUCUUUUGGUUUUUCACCAAAAAUAAAUCCACAAUAUUUUUAGAGUUG